AUGCGUGGUGCCGAGACUGGUAACGCCCAUGGGUCGGACCAUAUUCUCGUCCGUACACGCUUAAAAGUUCAUCUCUCAUCCGCGCCAAAAAUACCACGUCCUCGACGCCUCGAUGUCGCGAAAAUCCGGCAAGCCAGCACUGCCGAGACCCUAAGCAGAGAAAUCCGGACCUGUUUUACAACCUGGGCCGACGGAGAAGUCAGUAACCAGUGGUUGUCACUGAAGACUUCAGUCUAUGGGGCAGCUGAGAAAAUCCUUGGAUACACCCAGCGACGCCGCAGUGACUGGAUCAGCGGAAGAACCCUGCAGUUGUCUGCUCAGACGGCUAGAGCCAGGUCACGUAACGAUGACUACUUCCGCCAACUUCGGAAGAUGACGGCAAAAUCGGCCACGGAUGGCCGGAAGCAAUAUUGGGCUGAAAUAGCGACCUCCAUGGAACUGGCCUCGAACGUUGGUGACACUCAAAAGCUCUACCGUCUAAUUCGCCAAGUUAGCGGUAAGCCCUGUACACUGAGUGACUGUUCGCGAUGUGAACGGCGGCUUUAUUGCUGACAACUCGGCCAAAGUCGAGCGCUGGCGUGAGCACUUUGAGCACCAUCUCAACUUCGAUACCCAACCUACCUCGCCCUUGCUCUCCUCCUCAGCGGAGUUUCUUCCCUCUCCUACCUAUGCAGUGCCAUGCGAUUCCCCCUCCGAGGGAGAAGUCGCCGAUGGCAUACGAAAGUUGCGCAGCAAUAAGGCACCCGGAGAGGACGGUAUACCCGCUGAAAUCUUCAAGUCUUGUGUCGACACUCUGGCGCCCUGGCUCCAUGAGGUGAUUGAACGAGCGUGGAGGGACGAGGUUGUUCCUGAUGACUGGGGCUUAGGAAUCAUUGUACCUAUCCUCAAGAAGGGAGAUAAGACGAGAUGCGAGAACUACCGCGGUUGUAUCCUGUCACCCAUACUGUUCAAUUACGCUACUGACUGGAUCUGACGUAAAUAGCAAUGUUCUCACGAACUAACGAGUUAUAUCUCACGAGCCCAUAGCCUUAAAGGCAGCAAGUAAAACGGAGCAGUGAAUAAUAUAGAGAUUUUGAACGUUAAGAAAACUGACAACGGACCACGACAGAGGAGCACGCUAGCAAGGCGGGUCGUACAGGUGCGUCGUUUUUCGUCACAUUCGAACAGGCAAUGCGCUCAAAGAAAUGGGGCUAAAUUGUCAAAGGCAAAUUAGUUAGGUACCUCAUCACAGAUACUCGGGAGGGCCCUACACGAGAGUGACGGCGUUGAGUUUGCACCCGGACAUCGACUGACUGAUGUUGACUAUGCCGAUGAUAUCGCCUUACUUGCUUCAAGUUUUGGUGAUCUGCAGUCUAUGGUGUCACGGAUGAAAGAGGUCGCUAAAUCGGUCGGUUUGUCCAUAAACGCUGGGAAGACCAAAGUGUUCUCAAACUGCAUCCCUGACCAGGAGAAGGCGCCCCUCGGGAUUGAUGGCUGUCAACUUGAAGAAGUAGACAGUUUUAAAUACCUUGGGGCGAGGCUGCUGCCAAAUGGACAGAGUAAGGACGACAUUGUCUCUCGAAUCGAUGCCGUCCGUUGGGUUUUUUCAAGCCUUCGGAAAUGCCUGUGGAACCGACCUGACCUCUCCAUCGCCACUAAGAUUCGCGUGUACCGUGCAUCUGUCCGGUCUGUCCUUCUCUACGAUUGUGAAUGCUGGGCUUUGCGUGUGAAGGACGAGCGAAGACUGGAGGUAUUUGACCACCACUGCUUGAGGACCAUUCUUCGAGUGAAGUCCACCGACUUCGUCUCAAAUGAGACAGCCCGCGCUCGUUGCGACAAAAUCGCAAGGAUAACCCAGACCAUCCAAGAAAGACGACUGAAGUGGUUCGGACUUGUUCUUCGUCGCCCAUCUCAGGAGCUCAGUGUUACUGCCCUCUAUCCGGCACCGUUGCCCCAUUGGAGGCGUCGAAGAGGGGGUCAGUUCAAAACAUGGCUCGACACAGUUUGUCAAGACAUGGUGGUUCUUGGACCUUCGGUAUUCGGUCUCCGUCGUUGGCGAAGGGAAUGGGUUGAGCUGUUCAGAUCUGCUGCGGCGGAUCGUCACGCGUGGAGAGGUACAGUUCGGGACAUCAUCGAGGCCGGCUAG